UGGGUUGCAGUAACGCAGUGUCAACACCAGGAGGCAGUGACACUUUUUUAAUAGAUUUUGACGUCAUCCGUACACUGCACAGCGGCGUGUUGACGUAUCUGAUCAGGUCCGCGAUGUAAACAUUGACUUUUCAUUGAUAUACUGUGGAUUAGCUAACAGCCUGGACCUGCUUGGGGAGAAUCUCAUGUUGCUGUCGCCAUGGCUUCAACUUCCGGCUUUGCUCCACCAAAACUGGCGGACUUCAUCCUCACAGAGCGGCUGGGCAGUGGCACCUAUGCCACAGUCUACAAAGCCUACAGGAAGGAGAACAGUCGAGAGGUGGUAGCAGUGAAAGUAAUUCGGAAGAAGACGCUAAACAAGGCUGCUACAGAAAACUUGCUCACAGAGAUUGAAAUCCUGAAGACUGUGCGCCAUCCUCAUAUAGUCCAGCUGAAAGACUUUCAGUGGGAUGCUGAGAACAUUUAUCUGAUCAUGGAAUGGUGUUCUGGUGGGGAUCUCUCUCGUUUCAUUCGGAGCCGCAGGAUUUUACCUGAAAAGGUGGCCCGGCGAUUCCUCCAGCAGAUGGCCUGCGCCCUCCAGUUUCUUCAUGACAGAAAUAUCUCACAUCUGGACUUGAAACCCCAGAACAUUCUGCUCAGUGGCUCUGUCCUCAAGCUAGCAGACUUUGGUUUCGCGCAGUACAUGUCCCCGUGGGAUGAGCAGAGUGUCCUGAGAGGUUCUCCUCUAUACAUGGCACCUGAGAUGGUGUGCCGACGCCAGUAUGACUCCAGAGUGGAUCUCUGGUCAGUAGGAGUCAUCCUCUUUGAGGCACUGUUUGGACGAGCACCUUUCGCAUCAAAAUCAUAUGCUGAACUGGAGGAGAAGAUACGAAGUAACCAACCUAUAGAGCUCCCUCCUGGGGCCAGAGUAUCCAAGGACUGCAGAGACCUUCUGUUGCGGUUGCUGGAGAGAAAUCCAGAUGCCCGGAUCACCUUCGCGGAGUUCUUCACCCAUCCAUUUGUGGAUUUGGAGCACAUGCCAAGUGCAGAGAGUAUAGUGAAAGCGAAGGAGCUGGUCCUGCAGGCUGUUCAGAAGGACCAGGAGGGGGAGAGGGCCGCCGCUCUCUCUUUUUACUGCAGUGCCCUUGAACAUUUUGUCCCUGCUAUUCACUAUGAGACGGACCGGCAACGUAAAGAGGCUCUCAGGCAGAAGGUCAGCCAGUACGUGUCCAGAGCUGAGGAACUGAAAGCCUUGGUAGCGUCAGACAACAGGCUGAGCUUUGAGGAGGCCCGAACUUCCAGGGAUGUCCUCCGAGAAAUGUCUCACAACGCGCCACGCCUGGCGGCUGCUUUGGAGAUGGCCUCUAUUGCCAUUGCUAAGGAGGAAAGCGGAGCAGAUGAUCACGAGGCUCUGGAUGCCUACCAGCAGUGUUUAGGAGAAUUACUGUUGGCACUAGCAGCUGAGCCGCAGGGCCGCAGGAGAGAGCUGCUCCAUGGCGAGAUUAAAAGCCUCAUGGCCAGAGCUGAAUACCUCAAAAAACAUAUCAAGAUGCAGGAGAACCAGAGGGACGUGUCUAUGGAUCGAGAACCUCUCGCAGACUCGGUCAGAAGCACCUGCUGUUUGCAGUGAGCGAUACGGCCGCCGCGAGAAGACUGGGACUUCCCGCAGGCCGUGUGUCGGUGUUCGGGUCGGACACUGAGCCUUCAGCUGAUCAGGUUUCUGCCUGGGCCAAAUCAAACCACAUCCCAACCAACUGAGUACACUGUCUGGGUGGGAUAUCACAGCUGCCAGCCAAACGUGGUCAGUGUUUUGGCUGCUGGCUGGAAAGUUUUUCUACCAGAAGAUUUGGCAGGUUGUUUGUUAUUUUUGGGGGGAUUUUUUUUUUUCUUUUACUGGUAAAAUACUGAAAGUAGCUCUUGAAUUUGCACACUGGCGAAUGUGAAAGUUCCCUGUUCUUUACACUGUGUCGCUGCACUGCUUAGCCUCAACCCCCUCCUCCCAACACGUCAUUGAUAUGUUAAUGCUGGACAGCUUGUAUGACAAUACCGCACUGUCAUGGUAAAUGAGUUAAACCGAGACCGUGGCACUUUUAGUUCGGCUCAGAACAUUCGCGGGUUUCCAGUGCGCCUGAAAAAAGGAAAAACAGACUGAUCAACUGUAAAUACAAUCAAUUGGGAGCUGUGACGUGAACAAGUAUUGCAGCUGUUUUGAACUGUAGUUUAAAGUAUAUUAUAUAGAGGUUUGUGAAAACAUGCAUGUAGUCUCCCCCCUCCUUCUCCACUGCCUUUACUGUGGGUCAACCACAAGCUCACCAUGCUCUCUCCACUGAUGGAGCCCUCUCCACCACUAUGAGGGGAAAACUGGAGAGGUGCGGCCUCUGCCUUAUUUACUCUAGCCUCGCAUUUUCGUAGGUUUGGCAGUGGCCGGGUAUUUGAGGGAUACAGUGAGUUGUGGUGCUCAGCAAAGUCUUCACAACUAGGCCUCUGUGAAACGGUGAAAAGCCUGAAGAGUUGGUGGUGAGCCGAUAAUCCUCACUGUUGUAGGUCUUCACAGGCUGUUUUCAUUUCAGACUGGUAAAGUGUUUGAAUAUUUCAAAAGGGAGCUUUACUUUGUGGGUAUAACCUUAAGGCAACUGUAGGAAAAUACCUGAAACAGGAGCGAAAGGAGCGAAGCAUUAUACGUCUGCUGGCAAGAUUUCCACACUGCUGUUUUGUUUCUUUUUUUUAUUUUUUUUUUAUUUGACUGUUUAUACAGCUGUACAUUUUAUAAUGUAUUUAUUAAAAGGGCAAAAUAGUCUGGAAAUAAAAUUGCAAUAUCUUAAAA